AACUUCCAUGGUGCAGCUUGCUGUCACAGGAAGUGCUUCAGUACGACCUUGAGUUAUCACAAACUACGUAUCACGAGCAGAGACAGCAUGGCGGAUAAAGAUCCCAGCGGUUUCCUCCAGCAGCUCCGGCAGAUCGCGGGCCGAAUGUCCUCCGGCGGUCCUAAAGGAGCAGGAAUUGGUGUCAAACUGCUCAUUGGAGCCGGAGCCCUGUUUUAUGCCGCUAAAGAAGCAACAUAUACAGUGGAGGGAGGGCAGAGAGCCAUCGUCUUUAACCGCAUUGGAGGGAUCCAGAUGGACACAGUGCUGGCAGAGGGCCUCCACUUUAGGAUCCCUUGGUUUCAGUACCCCAUCAUCUAUGACAUCAGAGCAAGACCCAGGAAGAUUUCUUCCCUAACAGGAAGCAAAGACCUGCAGAUGGUGAGCAUCUCUCUGCGGGUGUUGUCGCGGCCACUGGCCUCCAACCUGCCCACGCUUUACCAGCACCUGGGCAAGGACUACGACGAGCGCGUGCUGCCCUCCAUCGUCAACGAGGUGCUCAAGAGCGUGGUGGCCAAGUUCAACGCCUCCCAGCUCAUCACGAUGAGAUCUCAGGUUUCUCUCAUGAUCCGCCGCGAUCUCUUCGAGCGGGCCAAGGACUUCAACAUCAUCCUGGACGACGUGGCCAUCACGGAGCUGAGCUUCAGCAAAGAGUACACAGCCGCCGUGGAGGCCAAGCAAGUCGCCCAGCAGGAAGCGCAAAGGGCUCAGUUCUACGUAGAGAAGGCCUUACAGGACCAGAGACAGAAGAUCAUCCAGGCUGAAGGAGAGGCCGAAGCCGCUAAAAUGCUGGGGGCGGCCGUUACCAAGAACCCGGGUUACCUGAAACUGCGGAGGAUCCGUGCGGCCCAGAACAUUGCCAAGACGAUCGCUACAUCACAGAACAGGGUGUACCUGGACGCUAACAGCCUGGUGCUGAACCUCCAAGAUGAGAAUUUCAACAAUUUGACGUUGGGCAAGUGAGGGGAGCUCACUCCAGUGAGUGGAUCGAGUGAGCGGGAGAGAGAGCGUAUGCAUUCCACACGUCAGCCAUCUGAGCUCCUGAUCCCCGUUCAGUUUCUGUUCGCCCCCCCCUGCAGCAGCAUCGCCUCUCUCCGGUGUCUGUCCAUGAGUGUGUGUCCUUGGGCUCUGGGAACACAGACUUGGGUGGCCUUAACAACAUCAGAACUGUGUGUUCAUCUCCCUCCCUCCCUCCCUCUAUUCAGCAAGCCUACCCCUAGGAGCAGGCUUUGCUUGAUCUUUGACGGCGUCCUUGCUCAGAUUGGACAGCGAAGGUCAGGGUUUUUUUUUUGAUGAUACCACAGCAAUCAGGGUCACAUAAACGACUCUGAGUAUAAUUUCAUAUACGUAUAAAUCUGUAAAUUUGUUUACCUCACUCUUAGACCUGUUGUCACUGCAGUGUGUGAUAGUGGUUUAAAUCAUGAGCUCCUCUUGGAAUAGGCUUCUGUGAAUGGCCGUGGUUCAUCAGGACAUUGAAGGAAAAGCUAAACACCCAGCCAGAGGUCACGGGACUGCAAGGGGUUUGGGUUUGCACUUCGACCUCAUUCAUACUCUCACGUGUCUCGAUGUGGUCUUUUUGUGGGAAGACGAUCAAGAACUCAAAGAGAAGUUUGAUUAAAUGUUUGUUGGAGUAAGUGAACUUGUGGUUCUUUCUGAAUCAUUUAGGAGGUUUUGGGAGCAAAAUGUUCUUAUAGGGCAAAGUCUACUUCAAAUGGACUCCAUUUAGGAAAAGAAAAAAAAACACAAAUAAAUCAAUAAAGAGUUAUUUUACAUGCCA